CAAGGAUUGACUGUGGUUUAGUCCAAUUGACAUUUUGUAAUUUUUGUGAGAUUUUAGAAUUUCACGAAUUUUCAGCCGUUCUAUUUUAAGACAAAUGACUGAUAACAGUUUUUGAGUAUUCUGUGUUAAAUUCACAUACAUCAGUCAUGUGUUCCAUUGCCGCGGGCAGGAUUUUGCUAUGAAAGUUAUCUUGAAGAUCACGGAGGUUUUAUUCGGCAGGGUUGUUAAAGAAACUGUUUGGUAAUAUGCAAUGGAAAUACAAGGGAUGGAAAGGGCGAUGGCUGUGGGCGGUGUUGGUGCUCACAUUGUGCCCGUUGCUAGUAGCUCAGAAAAUCGGUGACCCAUACAAAAUUUUGGGCAUUCACCCCAAGGCUAAAUUACCUGAAAUACGCAAAGCGUAUAAGCAACUCGCUAAAGAGUGGCAUCCUGAUAAAAAUGAACAUCCAGAUGCGGCAGCUCGUUUCGUAGAAAUCAAACAAGCAUAUGAACUGUUGUCAGACACUGAGCGAAGACAGGCAUAUGAUUACUAUGGAAUUACGAACGAAGACGACCACCUUUACAAACCUAGACAUGAUUACAGCCAAUAUGCUAGAUACGCUAGUAACGACGACUUCGUAGGAGCACCCUACCGAACACAAGACCAAGAUAUUACAUUGUUCCACAAAUUGUCCAUAACCGCGCGCCACUUCGAGAACAAUAUUAUCGAGAAAAGCAUUCAUACGCCAGCACUGGUCCUAUUCUACACCGACUGGUGUUUCGACUGUGUGCGCUCUGCUGCAGCCUGGCGGCGCCUGGUGGAAGCUCUGCAGCCGCUCGGCGUUACCAUGGCAACCGUGCAUGCCGGCCAUGAGGCCAACCUAGCACGACGGGUAGGAGUACACGGAGUACCCUGCCUCACGUUCAUUUUAGACAAACAUGUGUAUAUGUAUAAGGAGGGACUGUCGUCGCUACCUAAAGUUUUAGAGUUCAUACGUUGGAAAUUCCCAUACAAAUUGGUGAGUUCGAUCACGGAUAGCAACGUGGACGGUUUCGUGUCGGACUUCGAGGACAAUAAAGUGAAGGCGCUGAUCUUCGAGGAGCGACAGACGAUGCGCUUCAGAUACCUCAUCACUGCAUUCCACUAUAGAGAUAGAGUCGCUUUUGGUUUCGUAGACAUGCGCUCCAGCGACACGCUGAACGUGACGGCUCGGUACAAGGUGCAGCGACACGUGGACACCAUGGUGCUGCUGAAGGAGGACAGCGAGGAGCCCGCCGCCACCGUCAGCACCAACGAGAUCCCUUCCGAGACACUGCACCAGCUCAUCGAGGCCAACCAGAUGCUCACGCUGCCGAGACUCUCCUCGCAGGCCGUGCUAGAGAGCGUGUGCCCGGUGGAGUGGCGCGCGGCGCGGCGCCGCCUGUGCUGCGUGCUGGUGUGCGGGGGCGCGGGCGGGGGCGCGGGGGGCGCGCGCGGGCCCGCCGCCGCCCUGCGACAGCUGGCGCGCGCCCCCGUCGACCGCCUCCACUACGCGUACGUCUACGCGCACAAACAGCCCGCCUUCAUACACGCCAUUGCUAACGGAUCCGGUAGCGACAUAUCGGAUAUAGAGCAUCGCAUCGUCAUAAUCUGGCGUCGCGAGCCCACGCGGAUCCAGUAUGAGUGGUUGAACGAGACGUGGCCGAGUUGUAACCACGCGCACUGCUCCUCCGACCACUUCCCGUCGGACCCCGCCCUCAGGGAGGAGCUGCUGAAGUACCACGAGCGACUGAAUGAGACCAAGCGAGCGCUCGACCAGCUCAUCAAGAGGCUAUUGAAACCGACUGAAGUAAUGGCGUAUGAAGCUCAUGUACAGGAGUUGCUGGACGAGGCGGCGCUGGGCGCGGUGUGGCGCGCGGCGCUGGCGCUCUGCGAGUGGGCGGAGCGCGCCGCGCACGGCCUGCGCUCGCAGCGCGCGCUGGCCGCGCUCUCCGUGCUCGCCACCGUCGCCGCCGUGCUCGCCGCCGGCUACCUCAUGGCAUACCUCAUGUAACCGCCCCACUACACUAUAUAUGUACACAAACUGACACAAAACUUUACAUUACACGGCACGGGCUGCGCUCGCAGCGCGCGCUGGCCGCGCUCUCCGUGCUCGCCACCGUCGCCGCCGUGCUCGCCGCCGGCUACCUCAUGGCAUACCUCAUGUAACCGCCCCACUACACUAUAUAUGUACACAAACUGACACAAAACUUUACAUUACACGGCACGGGCUGCGCUCGCAGCGCGCGCUGGCCGCGCUCUCCGUGCUCGCCACCGUCGCCGCCGUGCUCGCCGCCGGCUACCUCAUGGCAUACCUCAUGUAACCGCCCCACUACACUAUAUAUGUACACAAACUGACACAAAACUUUACAUUACACGGCACGGGCUGCGCUCGCAGCGCGCGCUGGCCGCGCUCUCCGUGCUCGCCACCGUCGCCGCCGUGCUCGCCGCCGGCUACCUCAUGGCAUACCUCAUGUAACCGCCCCACUACACUAUAUAUGUACACAAACUGACACAAAACUUUACAUUACACGGCACGGGCUGCGCUCGCAGCGCGCGCUGGCCGCGCUCUCCGUGCUCGCCACCGUCGCCGCCGUGCUCGCCGCCGGCUACCUCAUGGCAUACCUCAUGUAACCGCCCCACUACACUAUAUAUGUACACAAACUGACACAAAACUUUACAUUACACGGCACGGGCUGCGCUCGCAGCGCGCGCUGGCCGCGCUCUCCGUGCUCGCCACCGUCGCCGCCGUGCUCGCCGCCGGCUACCUCAUGGCAUACCUCAUGUAACCG